GGUAAUAUCAUGUCUUUGGUUUUUGUUCUCUCUCUCUUUCUUCUCUUAGAAGUACCGAAAUCAUGUAGUGCUUACGAAUAUUUUAAGCUUACUCAAACAUGGCCAAAAGGCUAUUGUGAUAAGCAACUACAAGAAGGACAGCGAACAUGCAAAAUAAUACCAAAGAAAUUCAUUAUUCAUGGACUAUGGCCAGAACCUCAUGCAAAUGCAGAAAAUGGCAGUGUACUUAGCGAGCAUGAUAUAAAACCCGUGGAAAAAGAACUGAAGUUGGAUUGGCCAAGUUUAAAUGGCCACAAUCUUUACCUUUGGAAAGGCGAGUGGAGCGAGCAUGGAGUAAUCUCAGAGCACCAUUUCCCAAAACUGGAAUACUUCAAACUGGCGUUGGAAAUUUAUAAGAAAAACGACAUGUUCGAUAUCCUUAAAAAGGAAAAGGUUGUCCCAAAACCGAAAGAGCUUUAUGCUAGAACUUCCAUUCUUGAAGCAGUAAAGAAACACACUGAGCAUGAUGCUCAGGUUGAAUGUUUUACGGAUUCAAAAAAGAAUGUCAGUUCUCUUUAUGAAAUAAGGAUUUGUUUAACCGCCGAUGGAAGCUCAUACAGAGAUUGUCCCAAUCCUCAUGGUAAUUGUGGUGAUGAAUUAUUGUACCCAAAAUGAUGUGUCAAUUUUUG